CGUACAGAUUUCCGCGUUAGUGAACAGUUGGCCAACCAUUUUUUCCCCCUUUCUCACAGACCGGAAGUUCCCCUGUCUCCUCUGUUGUCUCGCUUCAAAGCUGGAAAGCAGCUGUCGAUCGAGAUGUUCUCAUGCUACCAGUGGCCGGAAGACUACGAAGACGAGCUGUACGGCGAGGGCAAACACGAUGAUGAUGAUGACGAGGACUCCGAGCCUAACAGCGAUCUCGAGUUCCACCUCUAUUCUCAGCUCCACUACCACACCGAUGACCCGGAGAACCGUGAGGAGAACCAUCCCGAGAACCGUGAGGAGAACCAGGGCAGCUCCGGUCAUGAGACACCUCAGGAACCUCAAGCUGGCCAGAGGGUCCAACCUCCUGCUUCUCCUCCGGAUGAAGUCAUUCUGAUCGACUCGGGCCCGGACAUCAUCACGCUUUCGGACAACACAGAGGAGGACGACAGCGUGUGUACCAGGAAAGGUCAGAGGUCAAAAGGGAAGGGAGGGGCUCCCGUCUCGCAGCCUCAGCACCUUUGUCAAAAAAGCAAAGCCGUCCAUGAAGAAGUGGUCGUCCUGGAUUCGGAAUCGGACCAGAGUUCAGAUUCAGACCAGAGUUCAGAUCCAGAGUCGAUUCUGCCGUACGUGAUGGCUCCGGAUUCGGAUUCGGACUCGGAUUCUGACGGAUUGGAGAGCUGGAUGGUUCUGGGCCAGGGAAAGGAGGAAGGAGACCGAGACAUACAGCUUAAUGUCUUUCCGUUCCACAAAAGGGACCAGCCAGAGUUCGGCAGCAUCAGAGGCGACGUGCAGAACUGGGCCGUCUCGAACAAAGACAAGCAGGCUCUCAUCUGCAACAAGGUUGGCAGUUCGAGACGCACCCCGAAUCGCUACUACACCAACAAGACGGUCACCUGCCGCAACUGCGACAAGCUCGGACACCUCUCCAAAAACUGCCCCGCGCCCAAGAAGGUGCUGUGUUGUUCGCUGUGUGGUGUCCAGGGCCAUUUCGUGAAGAGCUGUCCGAACCGCCACUGCUCCAACUGCGCUCUUCCAGGUCACACGUACGACGACUGUCUGGAGAGAGCGCACUGGCAAAAACGCUGCCGCCGCUGCGCCAUGACCGGCCACUCCGCCGACGCCUGUCCUGACAUCUGGAGGCAGUACCACCUCACGACGACGGCGGGGCCUCCGGUCAAAUCCCCUCGUCCUGCCGCUCGCAGGUCUCACGCGUACUGCUACAACUGCUCUGGCGAGGGACACUUCGGACAUGAGUGCGCAGAGAGGAGGAUGUUUAACAGAACGUAUCCCACGCUGCCUUUCGCCUCCUCGUACGACACCCAGCACGACAUCACGAGCAGAGCGCAUCGGGCUCACCUCCAAGCCGAAGAGCUCAGAAAGGCGGGCCUUCUAGUGCAGGCCGGAGACGCGCCGCCCCGGAAAAAAUCGAAAAACGCACAUUUCCGGUGGACCCCGCAGCCGCCACGGAAAAAUGGGAAAAACGCACAAUUUUGGUCGACUCCGCAGCAGCCCUGGAAGAAAGCGAAAAACGCGCAUUUGCGGUCCGCACCGGUCCCUCAGACACCCGAGACGCGCACGCCGAAGAGACGCAUCGCUCACACGCCUAAACAAUCUCCCCGGGGUAUCCACACGCACUGGCACGAGGACACGAGGACCAACACGCCCGAGCUCACGGGCAAGAGAAAGCACAAGAAGCGGAAGCGAAACGUGACGAACGGAGAACCGGACUUUCCACGAGGCUUCCGGAAAAGUCCCCCCGACCAAGGGGCGCACUUCCGCACUCCACCGCACAGAGGGAGGAAAAGCCCGGGAGUACUGUUUGGCUCGGGAAAGAGCAAAAAGAAAAACAAGGAGGAGGAAUGGGAGAGGAAGGAGAACCUGUUUAUGAUCAAACAAAGGAAGCGUAGGAGAUAGUGCGCGCGUGUGUGUGAGAGAGAGAAGGAAUGGUGAAGGACUAGUAAGUAAAGUUCUGGCUUUUCUUUGUCUCCCUCUAGUGUUCAUCUUAAGUAUUACAGUCAUUGAGACACAAUAGAGAUGGUGAUGGAGUUGCAGCACUGAUGAUAAAACACCAGUCAGUUCUGGCCCGGUUCCUCCGUACCCUCCUGCGGAUGAUCCGUCUGUAACAGUAACACGCAAACGACCAUCUGUAAACCCUUUUUACAUCUCAGCAGCUACGAAAAGCUUUUUCAAGCUUCUGGUUUGUUCCUCCAACCAAUUAGCGAACACACCGGGCGUUUUAACGUUCGCUCCGAAGGAUCUUUCAGGAAAAAAAAACAGACAGAAAUACUCUGCUUGCACACAAGUUUGUAGAAUCGUUCUACUUCCAAGUUGUGUACACGGCGAAUAAAAGCAGGAGUGGGGUUUUUAUUGUUUCGUUUUUUUGGGUGGUAAAUCUUCACUUUUUAAAAAAAAAAAAAGACAUUUUAGCAUGAAUUAUUUCCUAGCGAGCGUUUUCGCUAAGCCGCUGGGAGAUCUCGAGUGCGAAUGCAGACGAUGGACGACUCGGAUCCUCGGACGGGAGUCUAGGGAGCACGCGCUCGUUCCAGAAAGCUGGAACAGACUGAGAGCCAAUCAGAUUCCAAGCUUUUAAGAUCCUGAAGUUCGUUGCCAGAAAAGUGCACAAAGAUGCACGAGAGGUUUUCUUCUUACGGAGAGCAAGACGACAUGCGGGUGUUUAAAGAUGUCACGUGAAAACCUGUCAGUUUUAUACUUUAAACAAACAAAAAAGUUAUUUAGUUGCAUACGUCAUGCCUAAUUUUUUUUAAAAUAAAAAGAUUCACGACUGAGGAAAUGAUCAAGAAAGAAGAGCAACGAGCCGAGAAUGUGUACAUAAAUAACCUCCCCCUCCCUCUCUCUCUCUCUCACACACACACACACACACAGCUACAUUUGUGAAUUCUUUGUAAAAUGACAAAGUGCAGUUGAUCGCAGACUCGCACCACGGUGUUAUCUUCAUUACUGAGAUUGUCUCUCUGUUUAUUUUUGAUUAACGCUCUGCUGAUAAGACAGCCAGUGUUGAUGUUCUCCCCCCCCCAAAAAAAAAUGCUAAUCGCACGAGCCAUCAGCAAAACAUCAAACAAACAAAAGUGCCUGAUGGAGGAGGGAGGGGGAGAAGACGGCUCCCAGAUAAACGAGUGAACUCGUCUCUCCUGCAGCGUCGGGGAAAGAAGAGAAGGGAGAACCAAGUGUCUGAAUGCGACUUCCAUGUUUUGUGAACAAUAACCAAGAUAUAAAUCAUCAUCGUCUCCGCUGCUAACGGAAUGGAGUACAUUUAAUCGUAAGGGUGCCAAUAGUUUUGUUUGUUGUUUUUUUUUUUUGGUGGGGGGCACAUUUCUUAAAUGAGUGGUGCCAAUACUUAUGAAAUAUCUAAUAAAUCAUGGUAUAGUCUGGUUUGCAUUAGUUAGCAUUUUAUUAGCUCCCCACGGUCAGUUCCAGAAUUAUUGGCACCCCUUCCUGAAAAAGGGUCGUAAAGUAAAUCAGUUCAGCGUUUUACGGAAGUGUUUUGAACCCUCUGAUGACGUCAGAAACCCGAAAUCGCUUCCUUUCACAGUAAAUAAAAGAAUAAGAACGACGGAUAUCCACAUGGAUGUUUAUUCAAAUAUUAAUAAUUCAGCCUUCCAUACAGAUAGCUUCUCAUUCUCUUUACAGAUUUGAGCACCACUGAAAAUAAGAUGAAAUUCCAAAUAAAUAAAAAGGUAAAAACUCAGAAGGUAAAGGUGGGCUAAAUGUGAUCAGAGGUCUGAGGAGAUCAUCAGUAGCAACGUUUCGUCCAAAAGAAUCAAAUCAAGCGACACUUCUUUUUUUUUUUGAAGCUCGAUAUAAGAGGAGUAGUGUUUUUAUAUAUAAUAUAAUAUAAUAUAAUAUGGAGGAAGGAGCGCAAAGGCCAUUUACAAAAGCGGCGUGCAAAGCCAAGCAAAUGAUCCGGAAAAUAAUCAUAAUCUAAGGUGCAAAAUAAAAGGGACUGGAACAGCGAGGAGAAGAGACAUCACAUAAACAGGAGGAAAAGAGGUUUGUUUAGAUAGUUUAAUGCUUCACCAUUAUUCGAGGAAUGGGGGGAAAAAAAAAAGUGUUUCUUCCAUCUCUGACCUCUCAAACGUCAACAGACGCCGGCCGACCCCCCUCCCUCUCCCCCUCUCCCGUUCCUCAGUUGGUUUUGCUGCAGCUCGAGGUCCGAGGGUUCGGGUCGGCCACGUAGUCGUUCUGGAAGCGCGAGUUCGGUGUGCGCUGCCUCUUACGCUCACCCUGCGUGGUGAAGAACGCGUCCUCGAAACGCAUGCUGGAGGCUGUGGACUGUGUGCACACAAGAUAUAUAUUAAAAAAAAAAACAAAAAAAAAAACAACAUCAGUGGUUGCUGAACAAUCUGAAACUGGAAUCUUGGGUCAUAAAAACAUACGAGCCAAUCAGAUUCCAAUAUGCAAAUGCACUCCCACGCAAUACGUAUAGCUCAUCUGACAUUAUUUACGUCAAGUCCGUUCACGCAGGUUACAACUGGGACUACGUUACCCUCUGGAUCUAAAAUUCAACCUUUAAUCGUCG